AUGCCUGCGCCGCAUCUGCUGCCCAAACGUGUCUUUGUCGGUGCUAUUAUCAGCUCAAGAUCAGCUACCGACCUGAGCAUCAUCGAACGAGGUAUUCUCGGUGUUGGCUCAGGCGGUGUAAUUCGUUUCCUGGACGACCUUGAUGUUCUUGAGAAACAAGUGCCUCACCCGACUGCCUCGGCAGCAUCGACAAGGUCGAAUUCUACCGAGUCCUCCACUUCAGCCUCCACCAGCACGGCAGGCACAUGGAGCACUAUCGAUGAUCGCUCCUCCACCCCCGUCGCCAUCCGAGGAUCCACCCGUUCAACCCUUCCCGAUGCACCGGAGCUCACUUCACUCGAGAUGCCACCUCCUGCUGUUCCCUCACCAACCCCUGCCCAGCCCUCCCUUGACGAAAGAGCACAGCGCGAGCAGCAGCUUAUCAAGCACCUCCUCGACAAGCAUGGCUGGCGACAUGGACAGUACAAGCUCACCCGUCUCCCGCCAGGCAGUUUCCUCUGCUCUGGCUUUAUCGAUACCCAUACACACGCCUGUCAGGUCCCCAACAUUGGUCUUGGUCAACAGUACGAGUUGCUCGACUGGCUUCAACAUGUCACCUUCCCACGCGAGAGGCGCUUCGAAGAUGCCCGAUACGCUCGCAAGACCUACGAAUCUGUCGUUCAGCGUCUCAUUGACUCUGGAACUACCACCGCAUGCUACUAUGCCACCUUGCAUUUGGAGGCCUCCAAGAUCUUGGCUGAGAUCUGCAACGAGCGAGGUCAGCGAGCCUUUGUCGGCAAAUGUCAGAUGGACCGUAAUUCGCCCAUUGACUAUAUCGAGAAGAACGCUUCGCAGUCCAUCGAGGAUACCAAGGAGUUUGUCCGCUUCACAAGGUCUCUGAGGCCAUAUGGACAGCCACCUGAUGUUUCAUCGCCUUCUAUGAGCCCAGCUGAUCUUCAUCAUACUUCACCAGAGAUGGAUGCUAGUAUCGCUCGACUCAGCGCGACGAUGGACGAGCUUAUGUCGCCAACAAGCAGCAAGCCUCCUUCCGAAGCUGAUGGCAGUCCGUCCUCGGUUAAAAUUCUGCCUCCUUCUGCUAGGUCGCUUGUACCAUCCUCGGCUCGAACCAGCGUCCCCGUCAUAAGACAAGCAAGCAGUGGCAGUGUCCGUUCAGCUCGCGAAUCUGGCACCUCCACCCCAUCCCGCCAACGCGAGCGAGAACUGAACAACGCUCUUGUCCAACCUAUCUUGACCCCACGAUUCGCCAUAUCUUGCACAGACGCCAUGCUCACCGGUAUCUCUGCCCUACUAUCCCGCGAUCCCACCUUGCGAGUCCAAACCCACCUCAGCGAAAACGAAGGAGAAAUCACCUUCACCAAACAACUCUUCCCAUUCGCCAAGAACUAUACCUCUGUCUACGAUCACUACUCUCUGCUCGGCCCACGCACCAUUCUCGCCCAUGCUGUGCACCUGGACGCAGAUGAGCUGGCGAUCAUCAAGAAGAGAAAGUGCGGUGUCUCGCACUGCCCAACCAGUAACUUGAACUUGCGUUCCGGCGCCUCCAGGGUCGGAGAGAUGUUGAACAUGGGCAUCAAAGUCGGAUUGGGUACGGACGUUUCUGGUGGCUUUGGGCUCGGUAUGCUGUCUGCGAUCAGGGAAGCUAGUGUGGUGGCGAAAGUGUUGGCUUUCCAACGUGCUCAGGCGGAAUCGAAGGAGCAACAAGAUGCACUCCAGGCGACGGCUCCACCAACGAGCGAACGGGCACAGGCGCAAGCUCAGCAGCCACUGGCAGGAGCAGCUGCUGUCGAUGGACGAUAUCCUGGUCCUCCUGUUGCUGGUCAGUACCAGCCCAGAAAACCACACUCGAUCGCUACUUCCACUCUCAACCAUACGCAAGUCACACAGUCGGUCCAGGACCCCGCUUCGUCGCUUACCUCGAAGAAGACGGUCGACUUUACAAAGGGACCGCUCAGCAUUGCUACUCUGUUCUACCUAGCUACAUUGGGUGGUGCAGAAGUUUGUGCGAUGGCUAGUAGGAUCGGAUCCCUGGAAGUCGGCAAGGAGUUUGACGCGCUGCUAGUGCAAACGACUAGUCACUGGGGACCUGCAGGUUAUACAGGUAACCCUGGAUGUUUUGUGGAGGAAGAUGAUACGCUGCCAGAUGUUUUUGAGAAGUGGAUGUUCACGGGCGACGACAGAAACAUCGGUACGGUUUUUGUCCGGGGAAGGGUUGUCGGUGGAGCUAAGCCGCUGCGAGGCUGA